AACUCCGAAUACUCUCUCCAAUCGUAACUCGCGCCAUCAACUCACUGAGCCAACUCCGUUCUGUUGCGCCUGUCAGUUCCGUACCUAAAAGCUUUUCCCUUCCCCAUGGAGAUCGACUCCGCGGUGGAACAACCACCACCACAACAGCCGAUCACCUCCGCAACGGCCACCGACGGCGUAAACCAGACGCAGUCUCCAUCGGGUUCGAUGGGGAAAGAGGAGAGUGACGGAGUAAAGACGGUGUCGUUGUUGUCGGCGGCGAGGUUCGAUGACGACGAGGAAGAGGAGGAUGUUUGCAGGAUCUGUAGAAAUCCAGGAGAUGCGGAGAAUCCGUUACGGUAUCCUUGCGCAUGUAGUGGAAGUAUUAAGUUUGUUCAUCAGGAUUGUCUCCUUCAGUGGCUUAAUCAUAGUAAUGCUCGCCAGUGCGAGGUUUGCAAACAUCCUUUUUCUUUCUCUCCUGUUUAUGCUGAGAAUGCCCCAGCUAGGCUUCCUUUUCAGGAGUUUGUAGUAGGGAUGACAAUGAAGACUUGUCAUGUUCUACAAUUCUUUUUGCGUCUUAGUUUUGUGCUUUCAGUUUGGCUUCUAAUUAUACCCUUUAUUACGUUUUGGAUAUGGCGCUUGGCUUUUGUGAGGAGUUUAGGUGAAGCCCAGAGGUUAUUCUUAAGUCACAUCUCCACUACUGUUAUUCUUACUGAUUGUCUGCAUGGGUUCCUGCUUUCUGCGAGUAUUGUUUUCAUUUUUCUUGGCGCCACUUCUCUAAGAGAUUACUUCAGGCAUUUAAGAGAGCUUGGAGGACAGGAUGCUGAGAGAGAAGAUGAAGGAGACAGAAACGGUGCCCGUGCUGCAAGACGACCACCAGGACAGGCUAAUAGAAAUGUUGCUGGUGAGGUAAAUGCUGAAGAUGCUGGUGGAGCACAAGGAAUUGCUGGGGCUGGUCAAAUAAUCCGAAGGAAUGCAGAGAAUGUUGCUGCUCGAUGGGAGAUGCAGGCAGCUCGUCUCGAGGCUCAUGUUGAACAGAUGUUUGAUGGUUUAGAUGAUGCUGAUGGUGCAGAGGAUGUGCCCUUUGAUGAGCUCGUUGGCAUGCAGGGUCCUGUUUUUCAUUUAGUUGAAAAUGCAUUUACUGUUUUGGCUAGCAAUAUGAUAUUCCUCGGUGUUGUAAUCUUUGUGCCAUUUUCUCUGGGACGGAUUAUCCUGUACUACAUAUCAUGGCUUUUCUCUUCUGCAAGUGUUCCUGUGCUGUCAACAGUUAUGCCACUUACAGAUACUGCUCUCUCUUUAGCAAAUAUCACCUUGAAGAAUGCAUUAACUGCUGUUGAAAAUUUGACAUCUGAAGGUGAAGAUGGUGGUGGAGUUCUUGGUCAGGUUGCGGACAUGUUGAAUGUAAAUGCCAGUGGACUAAAUGAAGUCUCAAAUAACAUAAGCAGUUCACUUUCUGCAGAUAUCUUAAAAGGGGCAAGUGUUGGCACGUCACGGCUUUCUGAUGUCACGACUCUUGCUAUUGGAUACAUGUUUAUAUUCUCUCUAGUCUUCUUCUAUCUUGGUGGUGUUGCUUUAAUUCGGUACACUAAGGGUGAACCUUUGACCAUGGGGAGGUUUUACGGUAUCGCUUCUAUAGCAGAGACAAUUCCAUCCCUCUUCAGGCAGUUCUUGGCAGCAACGAGACAUUUGAUGACCAUGAUUAAGGUUGCCUUCCUUCUAGUUAUUGAACUCGGGGUGUUCCCUUUGAUGUGUGGAUGGUGGCUGGAUAUUUGUACAAUAAGGAUGUUUGGAAAGUCUAUGGCUCAAAGAGUUCAGUUCUUCUCAAUUUCUCCUUUAGCAAGCUCGUUAGUUCAUUGGGUUGUAGGAAUUGUUUACAUGCUACAAAUCAGCAUCUUCGUGAGCCUUCUUCGUGGGGUUUUGCGCCAUGGUGUGUUGUAUUUUCUUCGAGAUCCAGCAGAUCCUAACUACAACCCAUUCCGUGAUCUAAUUGAUGAUCCUGUGCACAAGCAUGCUCGCAGAGUUUUACUGUCUGUUGCAGUUUAUGGAAGUCUAAUUGUGAUGCUUGUAUUCUUACCUGUUAAACUUGCUAUGAGAAUGGCACCUUCCAUUUUUCCACUGGACAUUUCGGUAUCCGACCCAUUUACUGAAAUUCCAGCUGACAUGCUUCUCUUUCAAAUCUGCAUCCCGUUUGCCAUUGAGCAUUUUAAGUUGCGGACCACAAUCAAGUCCCUUCUCCGCUACUGGUUUACAGCAGUAGGCUGGGCACUUGGCUUAACAGAUUUCUUACUGGCUGGAGCUGAGGACAAUGGUGGUCAAGACAAUGGAAAUGUGGAGCAAGGAAGGCAGGAUAGACUACAGGCUGCACAACAAGGUGGACAAGACAGGGCCCUAGUGGCUCUUGCAGCUGCAGAUGACCAAAACAGUUCCACUCUUGCAGCCGGAACUUCUGCAGAGGAGGAUGAGAUUGAUGAGCAAUCUGAUUCAGACAGGUACAGCUUUGUUCUACGGAUUGUCCUCUUGCUGGUGGUAGCAUGGAUGACUCUACUUAUGUUCAACUCCACGUUGAUAGUUGUUCCAAUAUCACUUGGGCGUGCACUUUUCAAUGCCAUUCCUCUUCUGCCAAUAACUCAUGGCAUCAAGUGCAAUGAUCUAUAUGCUUUUGUAAUUGGAAGUUACGUCAUUUGGACUGCUUUAGCUGGAGCAAGAUACUCCAUUGAGCAAAUUAGAACAAAGAGGGCAACAGUUUUGUUUAGGCAAAUCUGGAAGUGGUGCAGCAUUGUUCUCAAGAGCUCGGCUCUAUUGUCAAUAUGGAUUUUUGUUAUUCCAGUAUUGAUUGGGCUGCUCUUCGAGCUUUUGGUAAUUGUGCCUAUGCGGGUGCCUGUAGAUGAAAGCCCUGUUUUCCUUCUGUAUCAAGAUUGGGCAUUAGGGCUCAUCUUUCUCAAGAUAUGGACUCGGCUGGUAAUGUUGGACCAGAUGAUGCCGCUGGUGGAUGAAAGUUGGAGAAUAAAAUUCGAAAGGGUGAGAGAAGAUGGUUUCUCAAGGCUGCAAGGCCUUUGGGUCCUGCAGGAGAUUGUUUUCCCAAUAAUAAUGAAGCUGCUAACAGCCUUGUGUGUACCUUAUGUCUUAUCAAGAGGAGUAUUUCCUGUUCUUGGGUACCCAUUAGCAGUAAACUCAGCAGUGUACCGAUUUGCAUGGCUGGGAUGCCUCUGCUUCAGCCUGUUGUGCUUUUGUGGCAAGAGAUUUCAUGUCUGGUUCACCAACCUUCACAAUUCCAUUCGUGAUGAUCGCUAUCUCAUUGGUCGCAGGCUUCAUAACUAUGGAGAGUAUAAAGAGAAGCAGCAAAAUGAGGCAGGGACUUCCUCAGAAGCACAGAUUUCAAAUUCUCAGGGCACGGGUUUGAUUGGAGAAGUUGAUGUAGGAGGAAUAAGAUUAAGACGUGCUAUUCGAGAUGAAGCUUAAUUUAUGCACUAGUUUGAAUGCCUGCCGAGGCUGAUAACCAGUGGUGGGAUCCAUAGCCUCGUGAUGUCAACAGGAUGUGCCAUCGGGAGUUUUUCAAAACGUGCUCGUAACUUUAGAGUUGUUUUUGUGCAUAUUAUACAUGUCAGAUUAGAAAUUUAGGAGAGAGAACAUCCCGAGUGUUUCAUUUCCAAUGAAAUUCUGUUUUACGUGUAUACUCGAUUAUUUGCUGUAUGCACAUGCUUGAUGAUUGCGGAAAACCCAGUCAUCCCUUGUUAAAUUCGAUGUAACCCACUAAUUGCUUUC